AACAUGGACACUUUUGUAGCAACACCCUCUUUUAAUAAAAAAGAUCUUGAGGGUUCAACUCUUGUACUCCCAACAGUGUCGAUUGGAAAUGUACCCCAAUUGACUUGCGACCUCAUCAUUCACACCUUACAUCUCGAUCGCGUUGGGUUCCUCGACGAUGACUCUGUAUUGCCUGUAGCAGGUGCACGGGAAGAGACUGGAGGUAUUGGUGUAUCGGUGCCUAUUGAAGUAUUUCAAUCUUCGGACCACAAGUGGACAGUUGUACAACAAAGAGCACCAACAGAAAAGGGAAAGAAGCAGCAAUUCUUGGAGAAUAUUCGAGAAUUUGUAAAGGUGCACAAAUUUAGCCAGGUGGUUUUAUUGACAAGCAUAGAUGCAUCUCGUCGUAUUGACGCACAAAUCAAUAGUGUACCUUUUCGUGUUCUAGGAACUGGCAAGAGCCAGUUGAGUGAGCAUGCGAUCUCGCUGGGUGUACCUCAAUUGGAACAGGUCGAUGAAUCUGAAGAGAAAGAAAAAGAGUCUGUAAUUCCUUCCUUGCCUGGAUCAGGAUUAGCACGACACUUGUUCCGUAAAUUCAAAGAAUCGGGUAUCCCGGCAACUAUCCUGAGUAUGUUUGCCUUGGAAGGUGACAAUGUAUCAGAUAGUAUUGCAUUUGUCAAUUUUGUCAACACUAUUUUGGAAUUGAAGUCUAACAAAGACGCUUCUGGAUCAUGGACUCCACCAAAGAGCUGGGAAUACUUAUUUGGUACACCUUACAAUGCAGAAUUGUACCAGUAAAUCCUACGACAACCGUUUAAUGAUUUCACCAAUACUAAGAUCAAUAUUAAUAUUAAUAUCAAAGCAAGAAAUACAUUAUCUCAACUGUGUGUACUAUACAUAUUCAUAUCUGAUUCACAAAAUUUUAGGCAGAGAAUAAAAUAAUGAAUAAUAAAAGUAAUUAAAG